UGGCGGCCGAGCGCACGGCGAGUCCGCGGGAGUCGGGGAAGUGGGGCCGCCGGGCGCGCGGGCCGGGCGGCGAGCGGAGCCGGCCGGAGCGGGCCGGGCAGCGGCCGCCGCCGUCCCGGAGCGCGCGCGGGCGGGCGGGAGGAUGGAGCUGAACUCCCUGCUGAUCCUGCUGGAGGCGGCCGAGUACCUGGAGCGCAGGGACCGAGAGGCCGAGCACGGCUACGCCUCGGUGCUGCCCUUCGACGGCGACUUCGCCAGGAAGAAAACAAAGGCGGCGGGCCUGGUGCGCAAGGCCCCGAACAACAGGUCUUCACACAAUGAACUAGAAAAGCACAGACGAGCCAAACUCCGGCUCUACCUGGAGCAGCUCAAGCAGCUGGUGCCCCUGGGCCCCGACAGCACCCGCCACACCACGCUGAGCCUCCUGAAGCGCGCCAAGAUGCACAUCAAGAAACUGGAGGAGCAGGACCGCCGGGCGCUGAGCAUCAAGGAGCAGCUGCAGCGGGAGCACCGCUUCCUGAAGCGGCGCCUGGAGCAGCUGUCGGUGCAGAGCCUGGAGCGCGUGCGCACGGACAGCACCGGCUCCGCCGUCUCCACUGACGACUCGGAGCAAGAGGUGGACGUAGAGGGCAUGGAGUUUGGCCCCGGCGAGCUGGACAGUGUUGGCAGCGGCAGUGACGUGGACGACCACUACGGCCUGCGCGGUGGCGGCUGCAGCCACGGCGGCUACGCGCCCCCCUGCCGGCGGCCUGGCCGCCCCGGCCUCUCGUAGGCCCUGCCCUCUGCUCCUCGGCCCGCCUGCCCGCCCGGCCGAGCGCCCAGCCCUCCGGUCCUCGACGCCUCUCCGCGGGCCCACUGCUGUGCCAUCCUGGAAGCCCCGGCUGCUGCCUGGGCCCCGCCGCCGCCCGCCCGCCUGCCGGUCAGGGCCUGCCGCGCCGCCCGCCCGGGCAGGGACCCCUGCGGGGAGGCGGGGCCCAGCUCCCACGUCCCGGAGCCCAGCAUAGCCGCCCACGGUCUGUUCUCAGAUUCCUAAUCAUUCCAGAAGUAUUAAAUAUCAUUGCUGCAAACCUCGGCGGGCGCCGUGUGAGGGGCUUAAUGACCACCACGGGGAGCUCAGACCCCAACCCCGGAUCCCAGGAGAAAGGAGUGGACUGAGGAAGGAAGGAAGGCGUGGCUCUCCGUCCGUCCGUCCGUCCAUCUGUCGGUCCACGUAGGCUCCUGAGGCGUGGACAGAGGGAUCCACGAAGGGCGGGACUCGGGUGAGCACCUGGGGCAAGUGGGCGGAUGGGGCCUUUGCACCCCCAGGUGUCAGGAGCCAGGGCUGGGCUUCGGGGGGCUGCCAGGCUACCCCACCCUGAUCUGGGCGGCUUCUGCUCUGUCGUUAGAGCUCUCAGAUGUACACACGCAUGCACCUAGGCGCACACACCUGCCCGCACACACAUGCACACACGCAGACACAGGUGGUCCCUGGGAGCCCGAGGGCACGUGUCCUGGGGCCUUCAGGGGUCAGUUGGGCAAAUACUGGCCACUGGCCUGUGCCCCGCUCCCCUCCCACCCCAGGCUCACCUGCCCGGUCUGCCCAGGGAAGGGACUUCUCCUCCCCUCAGGGUCUGAGCAGUGCUGGCGGCUAAGAGGUGAACCACUGGGUCCUGAAAGGGCUCGCGCGUCUCCCUUUAAAAAACAAAAACAAGACAGAAAAAUUGCUGCACUUCCCAGCAGCCCAGGACAGGGCUCCUGGGAGAGAAGCUUUUCCCAAAAAACAAAGGAAAAACGUUUUUAAAAAGAGAAGGAGCUCUAAAGACUCCGGCCGUGAUGCUGGUGUGUGCCGCCUAUUUCCUGUAUGAGAUUUUUCUACUCUAUUUUCCUAGCCGUUACCGCGUCCUUGUUUGCUGAGGGGUGGGAGCGACCCAGCGUCUCAGGGACUCGUCCGACGGUCACCGUCCUCCAAGUGUGCCUUGUGUCCCGGGUCAGGCCCCUCCCCGCCUGCCACCACCAGCAUCUCCCGCGUGGCUCACGGGACGCCCCCAGGUCCCCUCCUGCUUCCUCCCGGUGGGCACCCCUCCCAGCAGCCAGGCUCCCUGGUCAGGCCAGCAGCUGUGCGGCAGCAGGGCUGUGCUGUCACCUGGUGGGAGGGGCUGUGACCUGCUGUGCAGCCCAGCCUCCUUGGGGCAGGGGUGGGGGUGGGGCGCUGCCCGUCAGAGAACGAGGUUCCUACCUGUGACCCGCGUGACGCCUCCCUCCUCCCCGACCUGAGCGAGGGCUCUGGACGGCAGACAUGGACAGCUGCUGGAGACAGCCAUUCCCCCUGGGUGGUCAGGCCUGGGCCUUUGGAGGCUUCUCCUGGCCCUUUGUUCCUGAGUCUUUGUCCCCGGGGACCACACAGCAAUAUGUGGGUGGUGGGCUGAGGGGCUGCCUCACAGCUGCGUCUGCCGCCGUUGGGUGCGUGGUAGCCAGUUUCCAGGUGAAUUUGUUUACCUUUGUCACGCCGACGGACACCCCAGCUGGGUGGCCUCCUGAGGCAGAAAGGGGCUUCUGGAAACGACUCUGGCACGGAACCUGCCCACAGGGGCCUGGGGGGGAGUGGCGGGGACAGGCGUGUGGGGGGCAGGGCACGCAGUCAGCGAGACCAUCCAGGUGUUCUGCCGCUGGUUGCAAGGGCACCUCCUUCCAGCUCCCGUGGGGUCCAGAGGGCCCAGAGGGGGCUUCUCCCGUCUGCCUGGGCAGGUGCACUGAGCGUGUCUUGCACGGCCCCUACACCCUCCUAGCAGGGCUGGAACACGCGUAUUUAAGAGCCUUCUUUAGGAGAUACGAUUCCAGGCCCCUGGGAUGGUCUCUGUUCUGAAUUCUUAAAGCAUCAACUCUCCAACCACCCCCACCCCCAGCACCUGGGAGAGGUUCUGCUCCCCCCUCUGGUUGGCAGAAUCCUACCCAGGUGACCAGCGGUGGCCCUCAGCCGACCCUCCUGGCAGCUCAUCCCAUGGCUUUCAGGCUUCAGUUCCCGUGUGGACCAGGGAGUCGGCCUCACUGGCAAUCCAGGGGUGCUGGGGUUCCAGAUGCCACUCCUGGCCACCCGCAGACACUGGUGAGGGUCUGGUGCUAGAGCUACUCACGUACCCACCCCCCAUCCCUCUGGCCGUCUGCACAGCUCGGCCCCUGCUGGUGGCCAGGGGGACCCAGAGGAUUGUUAGGAGCAAACCUGAGUGUGGUGGGGUCCGUAGAAAGCCAGCGGGGACCAGAACAGGGCCCUUGGGGGCCUGCGCCCUCUCUCUGUGUGCCCUCCCACACCCAUGUGGGCCUCAGGGGCCGAGACCCUGGAAGCCCAGGCGCCGGUUUGGGUCCACACCUCACUGUGAGGUGGCCCCUAUGCCUCAGUGCAGCCCGGCGGGUUGGGGAGGCUGCAGGAAGGCUUCCCCUCCAUGGAGCCCUGGCUCUGCCCAUGCAGAGCGGGUCUCAGAAGCACGGUGCCCAGGCUCGCUUUCCUGGGUCGAUGGAGCCUUGAGCCCAACUAUGGCCCUGAGGGCCCAUACCCUCCCGUCCGCCCUGGACAAUCUCCACCUCCUGGGCGAGACAGGCUUCCCCUCACUCUCCCACCCCUGUCUCUUUCUGGGCCAGCCAACCUGGGGCCCCCUCCCCACUGCCAAGCACACAGGACUCUCACCCCUCAGCCACAUCUUGGGCACUAGGGCAGGUUCUGUGCCAGAGUCUAGGGCCGCCCAGGGAGCCUGGUGCUGGCCAGGUGGGCAUGUUACAAGAUCCUCGCUGGAGAGAGAUGGGCCACCCACCCGCCUGUCCACCGGAACUGUGCUGUACCGUUCUGUCUUUGUAACAUAAAUACAGAUUUUUAUACCUCA